AUGGUUACUGGUGGUCCAAUGGCUUAUGUGUUUAAGAGUGUGGCGAUCUGCUGGUGCAUUUGGAAGAUACGUAAUGAGCUUAUCUUUAAUAGUAAACCAUGGCAUGCAAACUCUGUCCAAUUUGAAGCUAAUAGAAUGGUGAAUGAUUGGCAGGAUCUGCUAAAUAAACAUGAGUUUGCUACAACCUCUUCGGGCUUCAGAGGUGCUUUUACUGGUUCAGAAGGUGUUUUGUUGUAUUACGUGGAUGCUGCAGUGUUCCCGAAUGAUGAGCAAGCAUAUUAUGGAAUUGUCAUACUGAAUCAUGAUGGCGGAUAUGUUGCUGCUAAAAAUGGCUCUUUUCGUGGUAUGAGUAAUGUCCAUCUUGCAGAAGAUAUGGCGGUGAAGGAAGCUUUAUCGUGGGCUAAAGAUAGAGGUGAUAUGAAAAUUAUGAUCCUUUCUGAUUGUCAACUGGUAUGCAAUUUUAUUAAUGGAGCUACAGAAGAUUUAUCAUAUGCUGGUUGUGUCAUUCAAGAGUGUAAAAGGUUUCUAAGACACUUUGAAGUAGUGUAUGUGGUUUUUGUUCCUAGAUCAGCGAAUAAGCCUGCUCAUGCAUUAACUAGGGCUGCUUGUUCUCAGUCUGGUGCUUCUAGAAUUCGAAGGCUCAAUUUGGAUGAUUCUAACGGAAUUGGAAAGCCAACUCGAAGGGCUACAACUCUUGUGUAG